GUGAGGGCCCAUUUGAUUAAACAUGGCAUACAAGCUCCCACGCCUGCAGUAGGUCCACAGUGUUUUGCUGGUGGCAGAGGCCGAGUACAGAUGCUGAGUGCGCAGGCUCUGCCGCUGGAAGCAAUAGAUUCCUCAAGAUAUAGAUUUUUGUUUAACAAGGAGCUCAAGAAUAGUGACGUUGGCCCUCUAAGGAGAAUUGUCAUUCCAAAGAAACCGGCAGAGGACUACCUCCCAAAACUUCUUAUAAAGGAAGGGUUUCCGAUCACAAUGGUGGACAUGGACGGACUGCACAUUUGGAACUUCAAAUUCAGGUAUUGGCCAAACAACAGUAGUCGCAUGUACGUGCUCGAAAAUACAGGUGGAUUCGUGCAUGAGCAUAGUUUGGGUCAUGGAGACUUCGUUGCUUUUUACAUUGACGACCACAAAAACAACUAUGUCAUUGAAGCAAGGAAAUCAGGGGAACAAGAAACAUGCAGAUCUGCAGGUGUUUUAACAGAUGAUUAUAGCUGCCAUGAUGAUGGUGAUGUUGCAGUUGCAGUACAAAGUGCAGCCGAACCGGCUGAUCAAAAAUCAUCACACUAUUAUCCGCAAAGCUUCCCGAGAGUGGACGAACCGGAAACAUCUUUUGUUUACGAUUCAACUAACUUCUCAAGUGAAGUGUCCCCCUUUGAUUUUCUUGGGGGCUCGAUGACUACCUACUCAAAUUUCGAUCCAUUGUCAAGCUUCGGAUCCAUCGAGAGCUUAUCCGUUGAUGAUUUCUACUCAGCUCUGACAAAGUGACUCUUGUACCAGAAGUAAUUUAUAGAGCUACUCCAUUACACU